GUUAUUUUUAGCAUCCCACUCCUGAGAGGCCGGAGCUGCUGGUUUCUCCCUCCAGCCGUGGAUCCCCCCAGCCCAAGUGCAUUUCCAGCGGGACCAGCAGCCCGCAUGCAGAAGAGGAUGGGUGAGGCGGUGGCCCGGGUGGCCAGGAAGGUGAAUCACACCGUGGAGAACAAAACAGAUUCCCUGGAUCUGGCCAACUGCAAGCUGAUGACCUUCCCUGUUGGCAUCUACAAGGCCAUGAGGAGUGUCACUGAGGGCAUCUGCCGCAUCUCCCUGGCAAACAAUGAGCUCAAGUCCCUCAGCAGCCGAUUUGUCACCACCUUCAGCCAGCUGAGAGAGCUCAACCUGUCAGGCAACUACCUGCACCGCCUGCCUGAGGAGGUCACCUCCCUCCUGCACCUCCGGGCCAUCAACCUCUCCCGCAACAGAUUCCGGCGUUUCCCCGAGCCCCUGGCUGCUGUCACCACCUUGGAGACCAUUGAUCUGGAAGAGAACGAGAUUGCAGAGGUGCCAGCAGAGCAGUUGGCUUCCAUGACAUCCCUGAGGAGCCUCAACCUGCGGGCAAACCCUGUGGGCCCAGAGCUGCGGCUGCUGGUCCGGCCCCUUGUCCCCUUCGACCUGCUGCUGUCACCAGAGGAGCCCACCCACAAAGCCUGAGGCUAUCUUGGGAUGUCCAGGCAAGGUGUCCCGAGGGAAGACUGCCUGCACGAGUGGUUUGGCUUAGGGCAGUCCCUGCUAUGCUGCUAUUUGUGUCCCAAACCUGCAGCGAAGCUGCCAGUCCUUCUUUCUUCCUCAAUAAAAAGAAAGGAGCGGGGCUCCUCCACAUAGGGAUGGCUCUGCCAGCACCUCAGCUGAGGAAUCUCCCACUCUGAGUUUUGGGAAUGUGCAGUUUAGGUAAAAUUGAAGUGACUCGGAUGUUUGGCUCCAUUCCUCCCCCCUGGCCAGUGAUGGUGAGGAGCCAGGGCCAGGAUGGUGGGGGGACAUCCCUGCAGUUUUUUCCUCCCUGGAGUUGCUGAUAUGGCAGCAUGCCAAGUGCCUGAUUAAAUGUUUUCUUGUUACAAAGA